AUGUACUCCACUGCAAAUUUCUGCGCGUCAAGGUACGGCAACCGCUGGGGAUUCAGUGGUUUGAAUCGCAAUUUCUCGUGUAAAUCGAAGUACUUCGACCUCUUGGAAAACCAAAAAUAUGUCAACCGUGUACAACGCAAAGGGAACGAAGACGGCGGGGUGCUUUCCAGCCUUUCCCAGCUGUCUCAUCUUCCUGGUUUCGGGUCGAAAGAUCUCCCUUCUACCCACCAUGUUCCUGAAAAGUCUGGGAAACAUCAUGUUCAUACCCAUCGGAAAGACGAGAAUGGAAUGUCCCGCGGCAUCGUCGACACCAUUGGGAAACAUGAACACCUGGGGGAGCUCAUGCCCGAUUACAGAGCUCGCCAAAAGGACAAGGUACCAUCUGCAGUACCUGAGCACGCGAAAGAGUCUCUGGCGCAUACGAUCGCUCGCUUGGAAAGAGAGGUGCCAGCGCCCACCGGCCAUGUCUGCCUGGUUUUCACCGAUAUCCGAAACUCCACACAACUAUGGGACAAAAACUCUGCCAUGUCCACCGCCAUCCAUCUUCACAACGAUCUACUCCUCCUCCAUCUUCUCUUUUGCGGCGGUUACAUUGUCAAGACGGAAGGCGACGCAUUCAUGUGCUCAUUUCCAAAUACCAUGGCCGCGGUCUGGUGGUGCGUCACCGCACAGCUUCAGCUUCUUCACGCGCCCUGGCCUGAAGAAAUCCUGAAUUCCGAGGAAGGCAAAGAGGUUUAUGAUGAACACGGAACCCUUCUUUCUCGUGGCCUCUCUGUCCGCAUGGGCAUCCACUGCGGAGCUCCAGCAUGCGAAGAGGACGCUAUCACUCAUCGCAUGGACUAUUUCGGGUCCAUGGUCAAUCGAAGCGCUCGUAUCUGUGCGAGUGCGCUGGGCGGACAAAUCAUGUGCAGCGCCGAUGUUGUUCGCGAGAUUGAUGCGGGCCUGAUCGAGAGUGGUGCUCAACCGAGGCAUUACCCCGCUGAGGCUAUCGAUGCUGUCCGGAAGACGGUCGUUGUUCCCGUUGGUGAAGUUAAGUUGAAGGGAUUGGAGACUCCGGAGAUCGCUUCCCUCCUUUACCCUUCGGCUCUUCUGGGACGCCAAGAUUUGGAUGCGUCUGGCUUGCAUCUGAGCGCGGUUCCAUCGCCAUCCACAUCCACCCCGGGUACACCAGCAGCUUGUGAUGAGUCAAUGCCACCGUCGCACAAGUUACCUGUGACCACGCUUCUUCCCAUGAUGUUUGUCUGA